UCCCUUCAUCCCACACACACACACACACACACACAUACACACACAUACGCACAAACACAUACACACACAGUAACAGAGGCUGCUCAUCGAUCCAUCAUGCACAGCAAAGACCAGAUCAGUCAUGAUGAAUACCAAAAGACAGCUGACUGGCUGAUGUCUCAGACAAAGCAUCGUCCCCAGGUAGCAAUCAUCUGUGGAUCUGGACUGGGCAUGCUCGCUGACACCCUGAAGUGUCAAGACUCCUUUGCUUAUUCUGACAUCCCGGGCUUCCCUCAGAGCACAGUGCAGGGUCAUGCAGGUCGGCUUGUUUUUGGGGAGCUGAAGGGGAAGACGUGCGUGUGCAUGCAGGGUCGCUUCCACAUGUAUGAAGGACACUCCCUCUGCAAGACAACGUUUCCCAUUCGAGUCUUCAAGCUGCUCGGGGUGGAGACCCUGAUUGUCACAAAUGCUGCUGGCUCACUGGCUGAUGGCUUCCAGCCUGGAGACAUCAUGAUCAUCAAAGAUCACAUCAACUUCCCUGGAUUGGUUGGUCUGAACCCGCUGUGCGGACUCAACGAUGACAAGUUUGGGCCUCGCUUCCCAGCCAUGUCAGGUUGCUAUGACAAAGGUCUGCGUUGCCUUGCUGCGGAGAUCGCCAAGGAGCUGGGUGUGGCCGGCUUCCUGCAGGAGGGCGUGUACGCCAUGGUGGGAGGUCCCAACUUUGAAACCAUCGCUGAGGCCAGACUGCUGCAUCGGCUUGGUGUGGAUGCUGUUGGUAUGAGCACAGCUCCCGAGGUGGUCGUGGCAGCUCACUGUGGUCUGAGAGUCUUUGGCCUCUCCCUGAUCACCAACAAGGUGGUGAAGAGUUACGAGGACACGGAAAGCGUGAACCACGAGGGCGUCCUGGAGGUCGGCCGGCUACGCUCUCAGAGCGUGCAGCAGCUGGUGACCGAGCUGGUCGGCAGGAUGGAGAUCAAUAACAAUGACAACAUUAAUAAAUCUGUCUGAACACACUCACAGUCACACACAAACAUAUGGAGAUUGCAUACAUAUUUAAUUGGUGUGUUUUUUUAAAAAAAAAAGCAAACUGCUGUAAUGAAACUUUAUUUAUAUCAUCAUGGUGCCUAAUAUUUUCCAUCAGGGUAAAUCAGAGUGUAAGUAUUCAUGUAUGAUAUUUGAUUUUAAAUGCUAAAACUUUAUAUAACAAUAACUGCUGUGUUUGAAGGUGCUUUAUUCUCUUAAACAUUAUUACUGUAGAAUUUAAUUUUAUAAUGUAAAGGAUGUCACAGAUUUCCUGAUUCAUGUUAAUCUGAUUAAAACAAGAUGCCACAGA